AUGGCGCCGUUGGAAAUCCUCAUCGUCGGCUGCUCCAUAGCAGGCCCAGCACUAGCCACCUUCCUCCUCCUCUCCCCUCUACCGGCAUCCCAAAAACCACACAUCACCAUCGUAGAGCGCUCUCCAGCCCUGCGCAUAGAUGGGCAAAACAUUGACAUACGCGGAUCUGGAGUGACACUUAUCCGGCAUCUGGGGCUCGAGGGCGCCGUGCGAGCCUCGACCACGGGUGAGGAGGGCGUGCAGCUCGUCGACAGCGACAACACCGUCUGGUCGCAGUUUGGGGCUGACAAGACUGGGAGGUAUCAGACUCCUACAAGCGAUAUUGAGAUCCUGAGGGGACGGCUGUCUGAGCUGCUUUGGAAAAGGAGCAAGGACGUCAGUGACGAGAUCGAGAGGGAUGGUGGGAAAGGAGUCGAGCAUCUGUUUGGGGAUUACCUGGACGAGAUCGAGCAGAUUGGGGACAAGGUCAAAGUGCACUUCGCUAAAAGCGGGCAGCGGCGGAGUUUCGACCUGGUGAUUGGGGCCGAUGGGCUUCAGAGCCGGACGCGGAGUACGGUCUGGGGCAGUGACGGCGAGGAGGACAGGGUGAGAAAGCUGGGCAUGUAUGCGGCAUUCUUCAGCAUGCCAAGGGGGAGGACCGACUCCCAGUGGCGUCGAUGGUUCCAUGCCCCUGGGAGGAGAGGAAUCAUGGUGCGGCCGGACGAGCAGAGGGAUAAGACGACCGUGUUUAUGCAUGUUAUCAACAACCAAGAUGAGAGGCUGCCCAGCCUGGCGGGGAAGCGAGAUGCGGUCCAGGCGCAGAAGGACAUCAUGGCGGAAUACUUCCUCGAUGCUGGAUGGGAAUCCGAGAGGAUAAUCAAGGAGAUGAUGGCGACCAAGGACUUCUACUACGACAUGGUCGGACAGGUCAAGAUGGAUAAGUGGAGCAAGGGCAGGGUCGUCCUCGUCGGCGACGCUGGGUACUGUGCGUCACCCUUGUCCGGUAUGGGCACAACGCUCGCCCUCAACGGCGCAUACAAUCUUGCCGGUGCCAUCCUCCAGCACCCGGGAGACCUCACCGCGGCCUUCGCCCAGUAUGAGACCAUCAUGCGCCCCCUCGUGGACCGGGCCCAGAAAUUGGCCCCGGGUAUGCCACGUCUCGCCAACCCGGAAACUGCGCGGGGCAUCUCGGUGUUGCUUUGGAUCGGCUACCUGUUUUCGAUCUCCAAACUCCAUGUCCUGCUAUUCGCACUCGGCCUUGGCCCACCGGCGAAUGCAGUACCUGUGGAGGACUACGGGCUGAGAAAGCUUCAGGAGGUUGUGUAG